UGUGAAGAAAUGUGAGGUAUUGUUAUUGUUUCCUACAGGAUGGUGGUUUGAUCUUCCUGUUUCCAGCCACUCAUUCUCUUGAUGAAAAGCAUUAAACUCAUUCAGCGAAUGACUUUUUUUUCCUUCAGAGUGCACUCUAAAACUUUCCUAUAACCAGGCCGCCUUGCCUUAAAUAGAUUGAGCCAAUAAAAAGGUGACUUUAUUCUGCAAACCUUUCAGCCCUGUCAUUUGUUUUUGGGUCAUGUAUUUUCUCACUGGUUCCAUUUGGCUCAUCCAAAAGGCUUCUCCAGAUUGCAUUUUCAGACAGCCCCCUUUUUUGUGUGUUGUUUUUACAAAGCCUUCGGUUGUUCACUCUCUCUUUCUGUCGUCAAUCGCUCCCCCGCCCGGCUGGAUGAAGUUUCAACUUCGGUCUUUCAGGACAAGCUGGAGGCUGAGGCAGAUCCGAACUCCAAACUUUCAACAGGAAACCACAAAGGCAAUAGUACAGUUUUCCAAACCAAUUAAAAGUUUUAAUGUUUAAACACUUGAAAAAUACCAAACAUCUGUAAUGUGCAGGGAAAUCUUUUUUCUUUUUAAUUUUGUUUAAACCUUUCUCGGUUAAGAUUAAAAUCGAAGCAAAGUACUCUGUCGAUGUGGAGAGGAAUCUGUAACGAUUUCCAAAUGGUUGGUUAUUUUUGCAAUAUCAGUGAAUGUUUGCUCUUUCUAUUCUCAAUUCUCAGUCACUCGUUGAAAUUGUGUGCCACAGAGAAACCCAUUGCUGUAAGCAAGAGGCCAAUACUGAAACCUCUCCUAUGUUUCAGUAAUAAUUACCAGAAACUUUAAAUUAUCCAAUGAUCUUUUAACACCUCUGAUAUUGUGAGAAUUUGGUUUUUCUAUGUGUUAAUUUCGGUUUCUGUGUUUUUCAGUUGAGUCUCCCUGAAGUCCCGAUUGUCCCCAGCUGUCCCUCGUUUCCCCUGAUUACCUUCCCUGAGUAUUUAUACCCACCUGUGUUUCUUGCUCUCUGUCAGGUCCUUGCUGUUGUGUUGAUCAUCUACUGACAUUAGUUUUUCGUCAGUUGUUGUAAUUAUUUACCAGUUGCUACCCGAGUCAGAGUUUCUGCCGCUGCUCAUCUGUGCUGCCUGGAUUUUGAGAAGUCAGCUUAAAGAUUCUUGAGAAUAACUAGCAUGUGUGGCUUUGGACGCCAUAUGUUUAUCAAAACAGGAAGGAAAAAACCACACAGAAACUGUUUGUAAGCAGGCAGGUCUAUAACUCAUUUCAAACAUCCUGAUGAAACCGCCAGCACAAUCUUCAUACAGUCAAACGCUGAUGAUCACGAGAGCAAGACGUUUGGUGGCUUUUUGCGGAUGAAGUUCAAAAUGUGCCCCAAUGACAGCAUGACCACUAUGGCAACCAACAACACUGCCGAUACAUGCGUCAACAGCAUCCUGGAGGGUUUGGGUUACAGUCUUGUGUUUCUCCUCGGUCUCGUCGUCAACGGCGCUGCUCUGUGGGCCUUCGUCGCCAAGCGGGUCUCCUGGACCGACACCCACAUCUACAUGCUGAACUUGGCUCUGGCUGAUUUUAUCUUGGUCCUUUUCCUUCCCUUCAGGAUUUACGAUGCCUUUUUCUGCAUGCCUAAAACUUUGCUCUGCACUGUCCUCAUUUUUAUUCACUACAUCAACAUGUACGCCAGCAUCCUGACCACGACAGCCAUCAGCGUCCACCGCUACCUGACCAUCAGGUUCCCUCUGCAGGCCAGAUCAUGGAAGAGGAGGAAGGAGGCAGCUGUUGCAGUCUGCUUGCUCAUCUGGGUGGUUUUAAUUUUAAUCGUUGUUGUUUUUCGCAACGAUAACUAUCCUGAAAAACUCUGGACAUGCUAUGAAAGAUGUAAAAAUACCAGAAUCCGUCCACAAUUUACCUUUCUCCUGUUGUCUCUCGGCUACCUGGCUCCUCUGCUGAUAAUUGUGUUCUGUUCCAGUCGGAUCAUCUGUAUUUUGGGGAAAGAGCAAAACAAGUCUGAGGAAAGGAAAAGUAUUGUUGGAAUAAUAAAAGCAAACAUGAUUGUGUUUCUUGUCUGCUACACACCAUUCCACAUUGCGCAUAUAGUAAGUUUACUCUACCAGGUUCCACCAAACUGGAGGACCAUAUAUCUUCCAAGUCACAAGUUUUUACAAGUGUCUGAAUGGAUCGCCUCCACAAACUGCUGCUUUGAUUCCAUCAGCUACUAUUUUUUAUUAAAGAGGUUUUACACUCGGUGAACCUUAGAGCUGUAGGGUUAAGGCUGAGAAAGCUAAGACCGAGGGACAAGGCGUUCGAUUCUGACUGAAUACCAUUCUGUAGUUAUAUUGGAGGGUUUAUCUUUCCCCGCUGUCAGAGCCAGCCCAGUGUUAAUUCAAGUUCCUUUAUUGAUCCCAAAGUUAAGUCAAAUCAAAAGACUUUAGCAAAGCAUCAUUUUGAGCUCCACUUUCAGAUACGCCCAGCAUUCACCACAUAACCGCUGACUUUCUUCUGAUUUGGUAUUUGCUCAGUUGUUUUGAAUUCAACUUGUUUCAUAGUUUCUAACUGCAUAACUAGAUAUGGGAAGGUUUGUAUUGUGUUGUAUUUCAAGUGCUGAAAUGAAUGAAUGUUAUAUUUCAUUUUAUUAAUAAGUUCUGUAUGUCAGCUCAAAUGUCAGCAACAAUGAAGGUAAAAUAGUUUUUACAAGUGAAGCGGAUUGAGUGAUUUGACCUGAAUAGUGUUUGGCAAUAGUUUUUUCCACAACACAAGCAUAAUUAAGUUUCCUCCAUGUUUACUUUUGGUUCCUUUGUUUUUACGCAACAAAAGAAAUAAAUAAGCUGCCUUGUGUCCUCUGACUGUGUUCAGUUCUAUUUUUUAAGAUUCUUGAGAUUGAAGAUCGGGUUCUGCUUCAAACUUGAACUGAGACAUAUCGCACAGGAAACUUAAAACCCACACAUGCAGCUAGCCAUAAAAGUGGUGAGCUCAUUCAGAUAAGACUUGCUUUUAAAAGAAUGAUAAUGAAAUUCCAUGUAUUUGCAAAGUCAGACAAGUUGGCAUCCGACUGUACAGCUCAGUUUGCAAGUGUACUUUUAUCUUGAAUUGAUUGUUUUAAAAAAGUUACCUGUCUACAUGAGUUGGAUUUCAAUGAAGUUGCACCUUUUAUUAUUUGUGCAUUUGCUGUUGUGUGCUUGUAAAGAACAUUUAGUUUAAUAUGCUGUGAAAACCAAGUCACAUAGGUUAACCAGUAAUAAAGGCUAACCAUUUAUUA